AGAGGGAUCGUUUAAUUGGUUCUGAAUUGGCCUGACGUUAGCCUACGGCUGCCAGUGAUAGUGCUGGGUGAAUGUGGUCCCCUUAUGAAUGAGCGCUGGAGGUGGUUGCCGUGGUGACCGUAGAAUGGAUUCCUGUCUUUUGCAGUAGUACCGAAUACAGAAUAUUACAAGAUGAUUCGAAUAGCUGCUUUAAAUUCCACUUCUGCAGUGGAAGAAGAACAUGAAGAAAUUCUCAAAGGUCAAAAAACACCGACAAAGGAAGCUCAGGAAGCAGAGGCAUUUGCACUUUAUCACAAGGCCUUGGACCUGCAAAAGCUUGACCGUUAUGAUGAGUCUUCACAGGCCUAUCACCAGCUGCUUGGCACCCGUCUAUUGCAGGAAGCUGCCCCAGUGACUGAUGAGAAGGAAGGUCUAAAACAUCCUGGUUUAAUGCUUAAGUAUUCAACAUAUAAGAAUCUGGCACAACUUGCGACAAAAAGAGAAGAUUUGGAAACUGCAAUGGAGUAUAACCUUGAGGCUGUCAUGCUGGACUCUACUGAUGUUAACUUGUGGUACAAGAUCGGCCAGUUGGCACUUCGCCUUGUACGCAUUCCACUGGCCCGACAUGCAUUUGAAGAAGGACUCCAGUGUAAUCCUGAUCAUUGGCCUUGCCUGGAUAACCUGGUCACUGUCCUGUAUACAAUCUACGAUUAUAGUAACUGUCUGUACUUCAUCUGUAAGGCUCUGGAGAGAGACUGUCGCUACAGCAAAGGCCUAGUACUAAAGGAGAAGAUUUUUGAGGAGCAGCCAUGUCUUAGAAAAGACUCUUUUCGUAUGUUUAUGAAAUGCGACAUUUCUAUUCAUGACGCGGAUGUCGAUGAGGAAGAGGCAAACAGAAUUGUGGAGGAAGCAUUAGAAUUGCGCAGAAAGAGGCAGGCUUUAAAUGUGAAGAAGCAGGAGCCUGAUUUAAAGCUAGUUCAGCCAAUCCCAUUUUUUACUUGGAAGUGUCUUGGUGAAAGUCUUCUGGCCAUGUAUCGUCACCUCACAACCUGUGAACCCCCUCGUCCUAGUUUGGGAAAAAGGAUAGACCUUUCAGACUAUAAAGAUGCAUCACAACCUCUACCUGUUCCCAAGACCUCCUCUCCCAUAAGCAUAUGUACGGACGCACCCAGCAUCUCCACUCCCAAAACACCAGUUAUCCCAGCACCAGAGCCAGUUUAUGCAAUUUCCUCUGUCACUCCUUCUCUAUCUUCUCAGAAUAUCAAUGAUUUAUCCACUGCACAAGAUCAAUUGACAAGUGACAAGAACAAGAAAGGUGUGAAGAGGAAGAGGGUGUCUGAGGAUGCCGGGGAAACCGCUAAACGACGCUCUGCCCGAGUCCGUAACACUAAAUGCAAAAAGGAAGAGAGAAUCGACUUUCAAGAAUUAUUAAUAAAAUUCUUGCCUUCCAGGCUUCGCAAAUCUGACUCAGAGGAAGAAGAAGAUUUCAUCAGUAACUAUGAGACGCAAUCGGGCAUAAAACGGAACAAAUUCCAAGCUGGCGAUCAUGUGAUGUCAAUUGAUUCCACUACAUUCAUGGAGUCAGAAAAGCAAGAUGUGCAUCAAUUUUUGUUGGAUAAUCUGGAAAAUGGUGGUAUUCUGGAGCUCUUGAUGAGAUAUCUAAAAGUGAUUGCUCAGAAAUUCUUUGUGAAGUGGCCCCCAGGUUUAGCAGAUGUUGUUCUUAAUAUUUACAAUAGCUGGAGGACGCACAGUAGUGGACUGCCCAACCCACUGCUCAGGGAUUGCAAGAACCAGCACAUUCGGGACAUGAUGGUUAUGAGUUUGACUUGCAUGGAGCUUCAACUAGACCAAUGGCUUCUAUCGAAAGUUAAAAAUGGCACAGGGUCUCCUUGGAAGUGUCCUGCUGGAGUUGCUGGAGACUGCUUUGGAGCCGAGUUCUCUGGAUCUCGCUUUAUGGAGGAUCAAAUGAUGAUGGCUUUUGGAGCUUCUCAGCGUGACCUGUUUCCAGAUGGAUGGCUCAAUUAUGUAGUGAGAGUGUACUGGCUGAAGGCAAGAUUUUUGGCUCUCCAGGGGGACAUGGAACAAGCUUUAGAAAACUUUGACAUCUGCACGGAUCUCUUUCAAACUCCAGAAGCUAGAGAAUACAGACUGAAAGAAAAGGAACAAUCUGUGACAAUAAGACUACCAAAUCUACAGCUAGACUCUACAAUUUCUGUGGAGGAGAUUGAGAAUAGUCUAAAGUCUCUUGAGAGAUGUCAGUCACUGGAGGAGAUCCAACGAUUACAUGAAAUAGGGGACUACUCUUCAGUGGUUCGACUAGUGUGCCCUACGUUGUGUAUGAGUGGUUACAGCCGGUCUAAACACCUUGACUUCAUGACCUCUCCUCCUGAACGGCCAGCCCAGCUGCUACUUAUGCAGGAUUCCUUACUGAAACUCUCAGAUUUCAAACAAUGCUUUGAGUGUUCAGAGGUUGCACUAAAUGAAGCCAUCCAACACAUGAUGAGCCCGACAUCUGGCUCACCUAAAGAAGAAUGGGUUGCUACAGCAACACAGUUACUCACGGGGAUCGAACUGGCUUUAGCAUCUGACAGCUGUACUUUGCAGGAACCCACACCGACUCCACGUCUUGUGCGUCUCAGCAACAACCUCAUACAGCUAAUAGACUGCAGUAUGGCUGUGCAGGAGGAUACUAAGGAGCCAUCUGUGUCCUCUGUCCUGCCUUGGAUUAUCCUCCAUCGAAUUAUCCAGUAUGAAGAGGAGAACUUUCGCUCUAUUUGUCAGCGGCACGGACGAACAGGUGAUAAGGAAGGAGAUUCAAGCACUCCAAUGCUCCCAUCCUCCCUCAUGUUGCUGAACGCAGCCCAUGAGUACCUUGGCAGAAAAUCAUGGUGUUGUAACUCUAAUGGAGCCCUUCUCAAAUUCUAUUUACGUGUUCUUCUGAAAGAACUGGCUGCGUCCAUCAAUGAAGAUGCCCAUCCAUUCAAAGAGGAACUAGAGACGGCUCUGGAGCAGUGUUUCUACUGUUUAUAUGGCUAUCCAAGCAAGAAGAGCAAGGCUCGAUAUCUGGAGGAUCAUUCAGUUCAGCAGGUGGAGCUGCUCUGGGAAGAUGCACUUAUUUUGUUCGAGUACUUCAAACCAAAGACUCUACCUGAAUUUGAUAGCUACAAAACCAGUACAGUCUCUGCUGACCUAGCAAAUUUGCUAAAGAAGAUGGCCACAAUUGUACCUUCAACUGAUAAGCCUAAAUUGAGCAUGGACAUUGUCUCUACUUACAUUGAUGGCACAAGUAACAAGGUGCCAGCUCUUCCAGAAGGUGCAGAUGAUUCCCCUGAAAUACUGAAUGAAAUAUAUUACCUUCUUGCUGAUUAUCAUUUUAAAAAUAAGGAGCAAUCCAAAGCCAUUAAAUUCUACAUGCAUGAUAUCUGCAUCUGUCCUAACAGAUUUGAUUCCUGGGCUGGCAUGGCCCUAGCAAGAGCAAGCCGUAUCCAGGACAAACUAAAUUCUAAUGAUAUGAAGAGUGGCUUCAUAUGGAAACAUGCCACUGCUGUGUUAAACUGCUUUAAGCGAGCUCUGGAAAUUGACAAAUCAAAUCUGUCCUUGUGGAUUGAGUAUGGCACGAUGUCCUAUACUCUGCAUUCUUUUGCUUCCCGUCAGCUCAAACAGUUGAUCAAAGAGUUCCCUCCAGAGGUGGUGGCGCAGCUAAAAGAACGUAGAGACAGCAUGCUUGAGACGGCCAAGCAAUGUUUUAUGUCUGCUUCUCGUUGUGAAGGAGAUGGAGAUGAGGAAGAGUGGUUGAUUCAUUACAUGUUGGGCAAAAUUUGUGAGAAACAGAAAUCCGCUCCAGAGCUGUAUCUGCAACACUACAAACGGGCGGCUCAUUACCUGCAUGAGGAAGCAGCUCAUUAUCCUAAGAAGAUUCACUAUCACAAUCCUCCAGAGCUGGCCAUGGAGGCUUUAGAGGUUUACUUUCGUCUUCAUGCCUCUGUCUUGAAACUGCUGGAGAAACCUGUCCAUGAGCUGGAUCAUAAAAUGUUGUUCGCCGUCAUGAAAGAAGCUUCAGAGGGGCCAUUCGCCAAAGGAGAGGAGAAAAAUGCACCUAAAUCCAAUGAGAAGGAGAAGCAAAAUACGUCGUUGGAUGAGGACUCCCACUCUUCGGCUGGGACGAUGCCGGGUCCUGGAAAUUCCAUGCCCUCCUCCUCUGGUCCAGGUCUGACAUCUCCACCUUACACAGCCACUCCGACUGACCACGAUUACAUCAAAUGUAAACCCCACCGUCAUCGGGCCACGCCGGACGAUCGCAGCCAGGACAGCAUUGCAGUUGUGCUGUCGGACUCUAGCUCGACACAAGACACAUUCACAGAACCAGCAAGUUCUCAGGACAGCACCAAGAGAUUGUUCUUGGAGAAAAGAUCCAACUACUCUCAUUCUACAAUACAUUAUAAAGAUGUCCAGACGCAUACAGAUGAAAGAGGGAAAACGGAUGAACAAAUGGAUCAGGCAGACAUGACCAGCUUAGCAGAGCAAAGAGCAGGCCCCGAAGUGCAGACAUCCCCCACCUGCAAUACUCAUGCAAGAGUUUUGGUUUCACCAUUGUCUGACCCUAAGAAGAAGCCUGAAGCUACUGUGGAGGUUUCAGAAUAUCCCCUAACCCUACCUGAAGAUUCUGAGGGGCAACGCAACGUCUUAGUUGAGCAAUGCACCACUUCCUUCAAACUUUGUCUCAACCGUUUUCCCCAGCACUACAAGAGUCUGUACAGGCUGGCCUAUCUGUAUACUCACAGCCACACACACCAGAAGAACACUUUGGCAAAGUUGGGCAAAGCAAAAAGAGAAAACUUGCAGUGGGCCCGAGACGUGUUGCUAGGCAGCAGUAUCCCGUGGCAGCAGCUGAAGCACAUGCCAGCACAGGGACUCUUCUUCGAGAGGAACAAGACCAAUUUCUUCAAUGGAAUCUGGCGGAUACCUGUGGAUGAAAUAGAUCGCCCCGGCAGUUUUGCUUCUCAUAUGAACCGCUCCAUCGUUCUCCUUCUGAACGUUCUGGCCCAGCUGAAAGACUCCAACACGCUACUGAAAAUCUCUUGCAUGCUACAGAGGACCCCCGAUCAGGGGAAAAAGUAUUUGCGGGAUGCAGAUCGUCAGGUUCUGGCAAAGAAAGCGUUCGUUCUCACCGUAAAAGUAUUGGAGGACACACUUAGUGACCUGACUGGGGAUUGCCAGAGUUCGGACCCCAGUUCAUUCCUUACAAUUUCCAUGACAACAGACGUGUCAGGCCGGCCCACAUCAGAGGACCGGAAAGAUGUACCACCCAGGAAGAACUUGGUUCUGGUAGAAGGGGUGGCUGUUGGCCCAGAGAAUGGGGGCAAAGAAACUGUUCAGGGUCCUGCUACUCAAGCCAUGGAAACCGGAGAAGGCAGGAUUGUAAAAGAGGCACUGAAGUCUCAGUCUUCUGAACCUAUGGACCAUGAUGGACACUUCUGCAAUGCUGAGAAACGUGCAGACCUUUUCCGAAAGGACUCCACUAAGGUUUAUAAGGAGAAAGGACCUGAGGGACCAGAGCUAUCACUAGAAGAACUUAGCAUUAGUUCAAAGCAUCAUCUGCCUGCAGGAAGCAGGGGCCCUGGACAGCAUGCGCAGCAAAUGGAGGAAGCACCACACAGAGCCAGCCGCAAACGAAAGCUGCUGGAUGAUACAGAGGACAGUAAAAACCUACUUCUGGAGGCCUACAGAGUUUGGCAGCAAGGUCAAAAAGUAACAGCGUAUGACUUGGCCAAGAUUGAAAAUAUUAUGUGUAAAACGUAUAUGCUAAUAAAACAGGUGGAUGAAGGUGCUGCAUUAGAGCAAGCCAUAAAAUUCUGCCAACUUCAGAUGGGAGCAGCUGCACAGAAGCAGCAACCUUCAGAUACUCCAACCACUCCAAAGACUACGAAAGAUCCUCGGGAGAUAGCAUUCCCAUUGCCGGCUGUCUCAGUACAACUUACUCCCCUCAACCUGUCCUCAUUCAGUUCAGAGAGCCUAGUGCGACUUUCUGAGCACCAAGUGAAAGUUCGAUCAUCACCAGCCACCUCCUCAUCUCCGCCUGAGGCCAGCCGAGGAACGGGGACCAAAGCCUGCUCUACCAUGUCUCAAGCCACCCGCAAUGAACAUGUAGAAGACGCAUCAUUUCCUCGUCAAGACUCACGUGUAAGCCAACCAGCCAAAGCUGCCACUAUCACCACAACAUCAGACUCUUCUCAUUGGCAAUCAGACAGGGUCACAAGCUUUGCCAGUACCAGUCACACGGAGACAGCCUGCAGCUCCAAACCAUCCCCAGAUCCCAGUAUCCAGCCCAGUAAAUCGGAAAUUGCACGAAUCAAGCCUCGGGUUCCCCCACAUAUGCCAAAGCUCUUCAUUCCCUCUUCCAGUGUCAGCAAAUUCCCACCAGAGAUCACAGUCACACCUCCAACACCGACCCUUCUUUCUCCCAAGGGUAGCAUCUCUGAGGAAACCAAGCAGAAGCUGAAGUCUGUCAUCCUGUCAUCUCAAUCGGCUGCCAAUGUAAAGAAGGAGACUUUGUGCCAACCAGCUCUAGAGAUCUUGGACACUUCCAGCCAGGAAUCAUCCCUUGAGAGUGACACAGAUGAGGACGAUGACUAUAUGGACAUCUAAACAUUUCAUAAUAUUCACUUCUCACCAACUGCCAAAUGAAAAUUCUGCCUAUGACUCCCACCAGAUUGUGCUUGCAUGCUACAGCUCCUGGCAUGUGGAUCGCUUUGUGGCUGCCAGUAGCCAAAUUGUCAUAUCACAGUGUGCCAGUGCUAUGUGCAGGUGCCCAUGAACGGCCUGGGAGUAAGGUCAGGGCACAAAGAACAGCAAUCUCUCUGGCUUUGCACAAGGUUCUUCGUGAAUUUCAGGCCUGGAAGACCACACAGUAGAUAUUCCUGAACUGUUGCAGAAUUGAACUUUAUUUCUGACUUGGAUAAUAUAAUUUAUUGUAUUAUGUCAGAUUAUUCUGCAGCUCCAACCUUGGUGCUGACCUGAGAACUUUUGACUCGGUAAAGUUGCUGAAAAUCAUAGGCUGUCUCCUCCUUUUGAGGUCCAUUUUUUUAUGAAAAAAAAGAAUGUGAUGUUUGUAACAUAAAACACAAAGGUGUAAAUGAAAAGAAAAUGACAGAAUUCCAAGAUAUGAUAUAUGUUGCACAGUUUUUGUAAAAAAAAAAAGAAUAAUAAUAAAACAAUUAUAUCAUUUU